AUGGCUAAUCGACAGGGUCGGCAACGUACAACAGUGCGUAAUACUGUAUUUGAAAGUGAUGAUAGUGUUUGUUUGAGCGACAUAGAAGAAGAAUUUCAGAGAACAUGUGCAUCUGGAAUCGAAAGUAGUGAAGAUUCAGAGAAUGUAGUUACAUUCAGAAAGAGCAGACGUAUAAACAGAAUUUGUGAUACAUCAGAGAGCAAUAAUGAAAUGGACCAAAACAGCGAUUGGCAAAAUGUGACUGAAAACGACACUUAUUCCGGUUAUAUCGCAUUUUCUACUGGAGGCAAGGUACAAGGGCCCCAAGUUUCGACUGAUUGCAUCACACCUCUGCAGUUUUUCUCAUUAUCUUUUACGGAUGAGCUUAUUAGCAAAAUAACGACAGAAACAAAUUUAUAUGCUAAACAAAUAAUUAGCGGCCGUGCAGUCUCUAUGCAUUCAUUGUGGCAUAAUUGGUAUGAAGUUACUGCUGUUGAAAUGAGAGCAUUUCUUGGUGUAAUUAUCAAUAUGGGAUUGAUGCCUGUUCAUGAUAUCAAAGAUUAUUGA